AUGCCAUAUUCGCCUGAAGAACGAAUCCAUCCACUGGAUAUUGAUUCUCGACAUAGGCGGCAGAAGAUGCUUAUGCUGAAAGAGGAAAUAAAUGCAACUAAGUAUUUUGAGUCCGAUGCAGGAGAUGGAACACUUUCUACAGAACAACAUAUGGUGGGUAAGCAAUUGAUACUUACUUUGUUAUCAUGCUUCAUAGCAUCUUUUAUCUCUGCAUUGGAUCAGACUAUUGUGACUACGACAUAUUCUGCCGUGGGAAAUAAAUUCAAUGAUUUCGAUAAGAUAGGAUGGCUAAAUUCCGCUUUCUUGGUGCCAAUGUGUACCUUUUGUCCCAUAUAUGGGAAACUUUCAAUUGCUUUUGGUAGGAAAUACACUCUUCUCUCGGGAAUUGUUGUAUUUGAGUUGGGGUCAUUGAUUGGGGGGCUAUCUAGCAGUAUGAAUAUGUUAAUUGGUGGUCGUGUAAUUCAAGGACUAGGUGCCGGGUGUAUCCAAUCUUUAGUUAGCAUUAUUGUGUCGGAAUCUGUCCCAAUAUCUAAAAGACUGUCAUCGAUAGCGUCAAUAGCUCUAUCAUAUUCGAUUGCUUCCAUUUUAGGGCCAUUUAUAGGAGGAGCGUUCACAACUAAAGUAAGCUGGAGAUGGUGUUAUUACAUUAACUUACCAGUGGGUGCUCUAGCUGUGGGGUUGCUCAUACUAGGCUACCACCCUCCAAAACCUACCUUCACCGAUAUUCCAUCACGAUUAAAGAAAAUCGAUUUCAUUUGCUGCUUUUUAUUGAUAUCUGGGCUUGUUCUACUUCUAGUUGGGAUAACAUUCGGAGGCGGUGAUUACCCCUGGCUCGAUGCAAGAGUUUUAUGUCCAGUUGUGUUCGGAGGAAUCUUGUUUAUAGUUUUCCUUAUGCACAACUUUAUAUCGUCAUUCGAACCGAUAAUUAUCAGAGAAUGUAUCACCAUUCCCCAGUUAUUUUGUGCAGCAACAGCAGGAUUCUGCAAUUUUGCAAUGUUUUUGGCAACUGUUACUUAUUUAGUGGUCUACUUCCAAGUCAUCUUAGGACAUUCGGCAUGGCAAUCAGGUAUCGACUUGCUUCCAUUAAUCGUAUCUGUGACUUUAACGGCUGUAGCUAAUGCAAUUCUUACGAAAUAUACUAGACAUGUAAAGUUAUUCUACAUGAUUGGUGGUGCAUUUGGAAUUAUAGGUAAUAGCCUAGUGUCACUGAAGAUCAAUGCAUCGACACCAUCUAGCGAACGAAUUGGAUUUUUGAUCCUUGUGGGGAUUUCUCUAGGGUUUCUGGUCCAGUGCACCUUACUUUCAUGUCAAAUGAAAGCCCCUAGAUCUAAACCCGGGUCCUUGAUCUUAGUGACUACAUUCGUCAAUUUCAUGAGGUUCCUUGGAGGAACUUUGGGGGUUACCAUAGCCACCCUGAUAUUCCAACAGGUUACCUUGCUCCAAAUCCAAUCUGGAAUUGAGGAUAUCAUCGAGAGAGGGGUUUCCGAUGCAGAAUUGCAACAGUUACUGGAAAUUAACGGCCUUCAGUUACUAAAUUCUCCUGACCUGAUUAAGGGCUUGCCCUCUGAUAUAGAGGACUUGGUGUUCUCAUCGAUAAUGAAAGGAAUACGAUGUGCGCUCUACUUAGGACUAGGGUUUUCCGUCGCUGCUUUUCUUUUUAGUUUAUUUGCGACCAACAAGAGGGUACCUAAGAAUGCAGAUGUAAUGCAGACCAGUAAUCAUCCACACGAAGCAGGAAGUGAGCCAGCACCUUACUCCAAGUAA